GUUUGGCGAUUUAAUAUUUUGUUUUUAUUUUCAUGACAUCGAUAAUCUUUCUCGUUUCAUUGAUUAGAAAUUCGAAAAUAUCAGAGUUAAUUAGUCACAGCUCAGCUUCACAAAUAUUAAUUAAAAACUUCCACAAGUGCCUCCUUAAUUGGCGUAUGCUAAUCCGGAUGUCACUCUUUCCCGCCGGAUGUCAAUUACAUUAUGUUUUCAUUUUCAGUUCCCCAUGUGAGUGCUGGAGCUUGUAAAUUCAAAAUGUUUUAAUACACCGUGGGGUAGUUUUUGCUGGAUACAGCAGUUCAUAUGCUGACACACUGUUCCUAUUUAUUUACACAAUGACUAUAAUUUUGUUGGAGGCCUUUUACGGCGGUUCUCAUAAACAAUUGAUUGAUUAUUUAGCCACAAACAUACCUAAAUGUUGCGUUUUCAAGUUACCGGCCAAAAAAUGGCAUUGGAAAGCGAGAACAUCUGCUUUACAUUUUAGUGAAGUUAUACCAGAGAAUGAAAACAACUACAGUUCCUUAUUUACAAGUUCCGUAUUGAACCUUGCUGAAUUGGUAGCACUGCGUCCUGAUUUGGCUCGACUUCAUAAAGUUAUCUAUUUUCAUGAAAACCAACUAAUUUAUCCUGUCAGGAAAGAACAGACCAGGGAUUUUCAAUAUGGGUACAAUCAGAUUUUAUCAUGUGUUGUUGCUGAUGUUGUAGUGUUCAACUCUGAAUUCAAUAAGAACACAUUUCUACAGAACAUCAACAGAUUUCUCAACAUCAUUCCUGAUUAUCAUCCAAAGAAUCUCAUGAAAAAAAUCAUGCCAAAGUGCCGAGUCCUAUAUUUCCCGUUAUCCUUUCCUGACUGUCCAACAGAAAGCUUGCUAGAAAACAAAUACUCCCAUUUAACCCACGGCUGCAUGAUGGAUAAAUGCUUAGAGAAAGUUUUGAAAGAAACUGAAGAAUGUGGCUCAUCCUCAACACUUACAGAACAAAUAUCUGAGACGAACAAUGAAGUCUUGAUCAAUGGAAGACAAGAUGAAAUUUUGACUAAUGGCACUCAUUCUGCAGUUGAUUGGCAAAAUACUGUAGAUUACAUCAGGGAUAAAACUUUGGAACCAGAGAUAUUGCUAUCUGUUCAAGAGAAUGGUAAAAUAUUACAUAUUGUUUGGCCUCAUCGUUGGGAACAUGAUAAAGAUCCAGAAAGAUUCUUUAAUGUUUUGAAUUGGCUCCAUGAAGAAAAUUUUGAUUUCUGGGUUUCUGUUAUUGGCCAAAGCUUUUCUGAAGUUCCAGAUGUUUUUAUACAAUCAAAGGAAAAAUUAAAAAUUCAUCUCAAAACUUGGGGAUUUGUUGACGACAAGAAAGAUUAUUAUGAAAUUCUAAAAACGGCAGAUGUUGUUGUCUCCACUGCAAAACAUGAAUUCUUUGGAGUAUCAAUGCUUGAAGCUGUUUAUUAUGGCUGUUACCCUCUCUGUCCAAAUAAAUUAGUUUAUCCAGAAAUAUUUCCACAAUGCUACCUUUAUAACACAGAACAUCAGUUGUUUAAAAAGUUGAAGAGAUUUUGUAAAUUCCCACAUUUGACUAAAAAAUUACCAGAAAAGAUUGAUUUGCAACGCUUUAUGUGGAAACAACUCAAAGAAUCAUAUGAGGAGGUUCUGAAAGGAACUGUCUCUCCAGAUCAGACAAAAAUAGACUGAGAAUGUUAAGGGCAAAGAUUUUUCAGUCGAGGACACACUCCAUACUGACCUUACGGUAAAAAUUGCUUUCCUGGCUGCUUGUGAAGCACUUCAUCUUCCAAAUCUGAAAUAUCUGAAAUAAAUCUGGGACAAUUUUUGCAAGAAAAAUAUAUAUGUAAGGUGUGAGUGCGAUAUAUUUAAUAGAAAAAUACAUAUCAUAUUUCAUUAUUUGAAGAUGAAGUGGAGAAGACCAGCAGUUGGUGAUGGAAAUACAGUGUUUUGUGAGAUACAAUGUAUGUUUUGUAUGUGUGUUGACUGCGAGGUUGUGAGUUGUAAUCGUCUCACACAGAUUAUGUUUGGAUUCAACUGACUGCUAUGGUGUGUCCUCUCUCUCUUAGAAAAGCACCUAAGUCUGUUUAAUGGUUCUGCUUUAAGUUGAAGGGCUUAGCAGCAGCAGAAAGAGCAUCUAAUUACGAAAGCAUUUGCUUCAACAUUGCAGCGACACCCUACUUUUAUUCUAACAUGAGAAAAUACACACAUACAGGUGCGUGUGUGUGUGAAAAUAGAUAUAGUCUUAAAAAUUUUUGUAGGUUCCCCCACUACAAAUCACUAUCCUCUACCAAUCAAGUCUUAUCCAAAACAUGUAUUAAUUUGAGGCAUAUGGUCCCUGUAAAAAUAGGCCAAGCUUCAAACACUAGUCAGAAACAAGGCAAUUGCAGCAUAACACAUCUAUCUCAGCUUUUGAAAAUUAGUGUAAACUGUGAAACCGGUUAAAUCUUUAAAUAUAAUAAAAAAAUUUUAACUACUCUCAGGGCAUUUUCAACUUCUAUUUUUUACAUAUAUAUAUAUAUGCCAGAAUAAGCACAUAAAUGUGAAACAAGGUGGAAAGGCUACCAAUAGUUUCAUGUAGAAAGAAAUCUCAAUAAUUAUCAAGCCUGCCACAUGGGAACAUUGAUACUCAUCUCUAUCUUGGAUGAGAAUACAUGUAGUUACACGAGGCUGUAAGAGAUUUUGUGAUAAAUAAAUAUACAGAUCAUAGGAAGUAACUUAUAGGAAAAUCAUAAUUGUCUCAUUUGCAGUUGACUUAGUAUCCUUAUAGUGUGUAUAUAUAUAUAUAUAUAUAUCAUCAUCAUCAUCGUUUAACGUCCGCUUUCCAUGCUAGCA